AUGUGUCUGCUUUGUGUCUGCGCCAACCCAUUUGCGGCAGAAAUGCGUCGGCGCAGACGCGAAACGGACGCCUCACGCGCCUUCUUGGUGUCCGCCUUAUCCCCAUCUGGCGGCCGUCCAACUACCGGGCACAAGGAGGCUAGGCGGCGCGACGUCCGCGACGUCUCGCAUGGCUCCCCGCCGCCGCCCCUCAUCGUUCGCGACGAGGACCAGGCGGCCCUGACGGCUGUCCUCCGGGAGAGCGAGGAGGAGGAGCAACACAGAGAGGAGGAUGAGGCGACGUACGAGGCGCGCAUGGCGGAGGCCAUGGCGUUGUCCAUAGUCGGCGACUGCCGCGCCGACGAUCUGGAUGGAGCGACGGAGGCGCAGGAGCGCGCCUAUCUCGAGCAAUGGCACCAGCGAAGGCUGGUCGAGGAGCGCCGCGAGGGCGAGUACCUUGAGCAGCUGGAGUGCGACGCCGAGGAGGAGGCGCGCCGUGCCCAGCCACCGGCGGACGACGUCGCCACCGCCUGGAACACGGCGUUCCCUUGGGCCGGCCCUGCGCCGACGCUGAUCGACCUCACCGGCCCCGACGAUGACGACCCUGCGGCCACUACGCCGGACCGCCCUCGCCGCGACGCCCUCCCGCCCUACGCCAACCCCGGUGAACGUCGCCCCGUCACCGUUGCCGAAUCGCCUCCUCGUCCCAUCCCCACCGGUCGCCAUCGCGCCUCGACGCCGCCCCGCUGUGGUCGCCGUCACCCCGCCGCCCGGACCCCCUCGCCGGACUGCCUCCCCAUCGCCUGUCUCCCACCGCCGCCGCCUGAGGCCCCGACGACGGCGCCGCUCUCCCCGUCGCCCCGCCUCGCUGGACGCCCCCACCACCUCGACGCCGAGCCCCUGCCUCGGGUCGUCGUCCACCCGUCGCCUCGCCGGCGCCGCGCCGCCGACCCGCGCCACCUCGUCCGCGUCGCGCUCGUCCCCAUCGUCGAUCUGCCUCGCCGGACCACCCGAGCCCGGUGCCCUCCCCGACCGGCCCCUUGUGAGCUGCGCCCCCUCUCCCGCUCUCUGCCUCCCCAUGUCGUUCGUAGUGCACGCGGAUGCGCCGCGCACGACGCGGCCCUGCGCGCUGCUGCACGUCCACGGCCUCCCGUCGUGCUCACCCCCCGUCUUGGCCUCGCCCUGCACCACUGGGCCGCGCACGCCUCCCCGCCUCCGCUGCUCGCCCCCACGCACGUCGACGCGUCACUGCCCCGCGCUGGCCGCACCGCGGUCGGCCUCUGCCGUGGCCGGCGUUGCCGCCCCUGGUGGCCUCAGGCGCACACGGGCGCCCACGCCCGCACCCGUUUCGCCCGCUCCGUUAGGCCCCUCUAG